CUCCAUACCCUCCUUCGACUCCAAAUCGACCAUCUUUGUCCCCUUCCUUUUCCGGAGAAAUCUCUCCACCUCGGUGACGAGGUCCAUAUGAAGCUAUGUAAAGAUGUUGGCUGUCCCACUCGUGUUCUACCGAAUUCGUGCGUUCGGGGUUAGGUCUCAAUCCACUCUUCUCGGGAACUUCUUGAGGUCGUAGGGGGUACGGGGCGGUGGAAAUCUUUUUCUAGUGCGUCGUCUUUGGAAUCUUUUCCGGUAUGGUUUGGCUGCCGGACGACCGCAAGCGCUGAUGUCGGGAUUCGAGGACUCGUUGGGCGACGAGCACGGCCCUCCGAACAAGAGAUCCGGGCAUGCGAACCCUCCAGAUCAGCAGGCUUUUUAGUACAAUGCGCAUAUGGAAGCUGGCCCGUUUGGUCUUCAUCUCACGAAGAGCCCAUCUGUAGUGGAUGUGGUUCAGAAGAUACUUCCUCCAUCAGGUUGUGUGUCGUGCUCCACUAGCUUUGGGUGUUCGGAAAGUGGUAGCAGACAUGGACUGAAUCCUUUAGCUUCUUGGUGCUCUUCUAACAAGACAGAACCUACGAAAUUUUCUGCAUCACUUUUGAGGAUUGGGAACUGGGAGUUUGUUUCAAGGAAUGAAAUUGAUCUAGUGGCAAAAUGCUACUUUGCGAAGCAUAAACUUAUAUGGGAAGUUCUCGGAUACCGCCUCAAGAGCAAGAUUGAAUUUCACUGGUCUGGCAUCAUUGUUAUUAAGGCAAAAUGCUGUAAAGGUGGUCAUGGAACUUUGGAUAUAGUGUCGAAGAAGCAGACGAUGUGGCAAGCAGCACCAGACUUUACAAAUGGUCAAUCAAGAAUACAUAGACAAAAUAAUGGAGGUUUGGCAUACCAGAUAUCCAUUGCUGAUAGUCAGAACUGGUCUGUUACCACUUUGGCGUACCAGACCUCUGAAAAAAGGAUAUUGCCUAAACUCAAGAAAUGGUUUGUCACCUGGGGCUGAGUGGGCUAUUUGACUACCAUGGAAGAUUAGUUGGGGGAGGGAUAAUAAUUUUGGGAAAUCUACUAGGAAAUUGUUGUCAGAAUGAUUACCUGUUGUCUCCAAAAUUGUCUUAUGAGGACAUUUCAUAUGUUUUCACACAAUAUACAUGAGGAGGCAUAUGCUUCAAUGUCCCUGAUGCAGUUAAGCAAGUUUUCUAAGCAGCUUAUCGAUCGUGAUCCACAUCGGAAGUCACAAAGUCAGCAACCAGACUGUGUGUUAGAUUCUCCAUGCUUCGAUUCUUCAUACUCUCUCUACAAGGAUCAAGGUGAUAAUAAAUGCCAUAUUCUUAAUGACAUUAGGGAUGAUUAUGGAGCCUUCUCAGCCUUCUUUGAACUUGAUUCUCCUUUUGCAACUUCGUCAAUGUGUAAUAAGAAUGAGGUACACAAUUCUUUUGGAAGGACACCAGAUUUUGACUCAGGAUAUUCCUGCACCAAGCUCAGAUACCAAAGCUUGGUCCGUGGAAGAAAGUAGUAUCAAUGGGGGACAGGGGCAAUCUACCCUAACUGGUGGGAUCGAUUGAACUUUCUUGGACCUCAAGGAUCCAUGCCGAUGACCUCAGACAUUCCUUCAUCCUCUACAAUUGUUCCUUCAAACAAAGUGAUUCUGGAAGCCAUGGCACGGUGUCUUCUCAGUGUUACAGUGGCUGACACAGCUUCCAAAUGCAGCGCAGCAUCGACGUGCAAGCUGAUGUAUCUUCUUCUCAGUGAUAGAGACUGACACGACAUACAACGCUGGAUCUGAUGAUGAACAUCAUCCAACACGAGUUACUUGAUGGUGGCCAGUCACUCAUCUCAUCUCAAGAGACAGAUAUUUGAGGUGCUUCUCGAUCUCCCUCGAGUGGCCAAAGUUGUUGAUCGACAUGUCUCAAAGAUGCUGAAACAAGCAGGCAUGGAAACAGAGUAGAAGGUAGAAGGAAUGGUAUCGUCGGAGGCAUUAGUGAUCCCCAGAGGCCUCCUCUUCUACUGCUUGCGUUUCUUCCAGCACGUUCAUGAGCAUCGAGACUUGGUCCUGAAGCAUGGCGUUCUGCCUCUCCG